GUCCCUGUCUCUCCCUGGCAGGGUUCGGCUUUGUAACUUUUGAGAUCGAGGACGUCGUAGAGAAAGUCUGUGAAAUUCAUUUUCAUGAAAUCAAUAAUAAAAUGGUAGAAUGUAAGAAGGCCCAGCCGAAGGAGGUGAUGUUCCCCCCCGGCACGCGGGGGCGCGCCCGGGGACUCCCCUACACCAUGGACGCCUUCAUGCUGGGGAUGGGCAUGCUCAGUUACCCGAACAUCGUUGCGACGUACGGCCGUGGCUACACUGGAUUCGCCCCGAGCUACAGCUACCAGUUCCCCGGCUUCCCCGCGACGGCGUACGGUCCGGUGGCGGCGGCGGCGGUGGCGGCGGCGCGCGGCUCAGGUAGGGGGGCCCCCGGAGGAGCCGGUCACAUGGCAUACCCGCAGGCGGCAGGGGCAGGGUUCCCCGAUUACGGUUUCUAUUCCACGCCCAGUGACCACCGGGGGGCGCCCUGCUCCUUUGCGGACUAUGGCUCGCUGGGGCCCCAGGCCGCACAGAUGUUGCACGGUGAGCAUUCCACCUCCGCCUGCAACUCCCCCCUCCAGCACCUCCACAGCCCGGAUCAGUUUAAGAGCCCAGUCCUGAAUAGCUACACUGCUCAACCCAAUUUUGGGGCCCCUGCUUCCUCGGCAGGCCCCAACCCGCCGCGCCCCGGAGGCUUCCCGGGCGCCAACAGCCCCGGGCCGGUGGCGGACCUGUACGGACCGGGCAGUCAGGACUCCGCCGUGGGUAACUACAUAAGUGCUGCUAGCCCCCAGCCCGGGUCCGGCUUCGGGCACAGCAUCGCUAGUAUAUCUGGAGGUCCAGGGAAGACAGGCCGAAGUUUCUGAUUGGUUCUGUGUACAGGUGAUGUCAACAACUUCAAGCACUACAGCAUCACCCAGGGGAACUGGAGGUGGCACCACAUGAAGAACAAAAGAAAAAAAAAAAUGUCAAGAUCAUCUCAGAAAAGAAUCUGCUGUACUAUAAACUAAUCCUUCUGUAACAUGGUAACUUUGUUUAGGAUUUGAUGUUUUAUUUUUCAUUUACGUAGUUGUUAGUAUUUUCUUUCCUCACCUUUCCCCUUUCAAUUAUAGAGGGGAAUUUUAUUUCGGUUUUGAUGAUUUGUGUAUUUUGCUUUUCUCUUAGUAUAUUAGUGUAAACUAUUUUAUUUUAUUUUAUUGUCUUUUUUCCUUUGGGGAGGUGAAUAUGUUUGCAACAGUUGUGUUUGUUUUACCUUUGGUACCGAUCCUUAAUAUCGAUGAGGUCUUCAGGUGUCAUUUUUGCACACAAGAAAAAUAAGUACUGGCAAGUCUUUGAUAAAAAAGCAAAGGGUUUGCUUCAAGUGAGAAUCUAGAGGGUAUCUAAUAAAUCUUAGUAGCUGUUUUUAUUUCUUGUGAUGUCUCGUUAACCAUAAUUACCUGUUUUGGGCAAUAAGAAGAGGACUACAAUAUUUUCACGGUCCUUUUUUAUAAGUGUUGUUUUUGUUGUUUAGGAAAAAGAUAUAAAGUUUUUUUUUUUCAUUUGAAUAAAUUGUGAAUUCAGAUUUAAAAAAAGAAAAAUGUAACUGUAAAUAUAAUUCCAGUCACUGCAUAUAACACGUUCAAAAAAAGCAAGAUACCAUAUUUUUGUGGUGGUUUGUCAAAAAAAGGCUGUACUGUGCUAAAGCAGAAAGAAAAGUAAAGGAACGGGUUCGAGCUCUAAACGGUAACUAAAAUCUAUUUGUGGCACAAAGGCCGUGACUGCCCCAUUGAUGUCUAGAACAUAUAGGAAACGCUGUUGGCUUGCUGUGUAAAUACUGGAGGCCAAAUAACUAUACUAGUGUCAUACCAGCAUAUUGACUAGAUAGUGAGUUCAUGUGUGCACAGCUUCUGAAAAGAACAAAAAAAAAACCUUUCAGUUAAUGUCUUUCACAGGAGAACUAGUCAUUUUACAGUAGUGAGAACUGACACACACAGAUUCAACAAACAAACAAAAAAAACAGUUAAAAAAUUGUUACAAAAGAAAAUCCAAAGCACACUAUUUUGUUUUGAAAUAUGAGACUGAAUCUUGUCCAGAUAUUUCAUAAAGCUAUCUGCCUACAAACGCUUUUAUACCACUGGUCAGAAAUAAAAUGUCUUUUUUUUUUUCUUACUUUCCCUGUUUUUUCCUUACAGUUUUUGGGAAAGAAAUGUGAUACUUGGCUUCAGUGUGGCAGUGGCAAUAUUCAAGGCUGUUCUUUCCCCUCCGUCAGUUUCCACACUUCUCCUCUUGAGUGAAUUAGGAAGGCAAACGUUUUAUAUCAUACCUCAAUCCUGUGAGUUUUACCUUAGAAACAUUGACAGAUUAAUUUAUUUUAGGGGUAAACGGAUGAAAUGAAUAGAGAAUAAUAAGAUAAAUAAUUGCACUGUGACUAGUAGGAAAGAACUUACCGUUUCCAAUUUGCACAUGUUCAUGUUGGCUGUUUUAAGUGGUCUGCACCAAGGGGUAAAGUAUGAAGGAUUAUUUAGAAUAAUUGUUGCUGUUUUCAAUACAGUCAGACAUCUACAGAAGCAUAGAUGGGUAAACAUCUUCACUGAUAGUGACGAGAAUCAAUAUCCUGUGCUGAUGUCUUGGAAUUUCAUUAUAUGGGUAUAAGUAUGCCAACUUUUAAUAUUUCUAAAACGAUCUAAAAUAUUGCAGGUAUUUUAGAUACAGCUAAUAGAAGACACUGAAUACAAUGUUCAUAAUGUUAACAAUAGCUGCUGUGCUAAUUUCCUGUAUAUGUAGAGACUGGAUUAGCUCAAAUAGAGAGAUAUGGCAUUUAAUGAGACGAUUUAAACUGCAGAGAUUUUAAAGAAGAUACUGGGUUGAUUGAUGUAUAUGCUGAUGUUCUUUGGUUUUUCCUGCUGCCAAUUUAUUUUGUAUUUUUAUUUUGUCAAAUUUAUCCUUUUUUAUUUUUAUUUUUAAAGUUCAGAACAACCAGGUGAAGCAAAAUGCUGGAUGCUUUUUAAAUAAUAUGGAGACUUGAUCAAGUAAUAAUUUAAACAGAAAAAGAAAGCGAUUAUAAUGUUAUAAUCUGUUAAAAUUUAAAAGAAAAGAAAUACAAAAAAAUCUUUAAAAAAAUAAUAAAAAUAAAAAAAAGAUGUUCCUUCACUGAUUUCAAUUUUGAAUCGGGGGAUUUUUAUUGAUAUUUUUGUGGUUGUUAAUAAUAUUAAUAAUUAUAACAAUAUAAUAAUGUACUGUACAUCCAUCAAUUUCUCUUUCCAUUCCCUGUCGCCUCAUACAAUCUUUUGUUGAUCUUCAUUGUAUUUUGGUAGUGUGUAAAAAAAAAAAAAGGUAGAAAACAAAAAAAAACAAAAAAACACAAAUUACCUUGUAAACAGAGUGCUGUCUUUGAUGCCAGUGUAGUGGUCUAUACUCUUCUUUGUCGUUCUCCUUUUCUCUACUGCUCUCUUUUUCUCUUUCUCUCUUUCUCUCUCUCUUUCUCUCUCCUCCUAGUAAUUAGUAGUAGAUGUUAUGUAAUUAAGAUUAAGAAAUAGAUGUAGUUAUUAGCAGAUUUAGGACCAGUAAGGAUAGGACUUUCUCUCAUUGUCAGAGUUUGAAAACAAUCGCAAACAAUUAUGUUACUAGUGAUUUUUUUUGUUCCAUAUUUCUUUUUCCUUUGUUUUUGCUGAUCUCACAUGGUUUCAACUAACCAAAGCUCUCACAGAAGAAAUAUAGAAAACAAAUUGCUGUAAGACAGAAUCUUAAACAAGGCAUUAAUUGGAUCCCCACCCUUGAAUGUUUUAAAAGGGGUGUGCCAUACUACCUUAAAUGCUAAUGCUAGAUAUGCAAAACUUUUAUUUUUAAUUAUUUUUUAAGAGGGACACAAGCUAUAAUUAUGAAAAAAUUUAUUACAUGAAAGAAAAAAAAAUCAUAUUUUUUUAGAAAGUUCUAAUAGAUGAAUGAUGAUAACAACAAUAAUAAUGAUAAUAGUAAUAAUUAUUAUUAUAAUAGUAAUAAAAUAAAACUGUAAUAUGUUUUGAUGUUUGUACACUUUAAAAAAUAUCCCAGUCGCCUGUGGCACUACUAUUUUUGGAUACUGCUAUGUUUUUUAAAUUUGUCUGCCUAGAUUACUGAGUACUUUUGUUUUCACUCAUCAAAAACAUCCUUUGAAGACUUUGUGAAUUAUUUUUAUACUCUUGAACCAGGUCACCAGCUCUUUAUUUUAAUCAUAUACAAAAAUUUGCAGAUCUUGUCCAGUAUGGCACAAGUUUUCAGUGGGAUGGAAAAUUGUUUGACAGUUUCUUCUCUAGAGUUGUUAGAACCCUGUAGCACAUCAGCUGAAUACAGUUUCAGUUGCACAGGAAACGUUUUUUUUUCCUGGUAACAUAUGAAAAUAGACGAGUCACGAUCGAUAGGGCCCUUUUAGGUCUGUGACACACAAUAUAUUGGAAGUGCGUCAAUAAGAACGAAAUAUUUAGGAGCAAUGUUGUUCAUGUUUAAUUAGUUUGGUCAGUUGUGUCCACAGUUGUGGCAGCUGGCUGUACUGGUAAAAAAAAAAAAAAGAUUCAAAAAGCACUCAGAAUAUUUAUGUGCUUUUGGUAUUUUGUUUGAUGAAGUAGUUUUGUGCAGUUCUAGUUAAUCGCUACUAGAAAAAGGUGUUUGAAGGGGGUGCAGAAAUCAACAGGUGGCCGAAUGCCAGUGGACUCCCCUAUUUUUAUAUUAGAACAGCUAAUAUAAUAUUGAUAAAAAAAGCAGGCUGUGCUUUCUCUGUGAUGGAUUAUGUGUGAUGGAACUGUGAGUGUCUCGUUUGGGGAACCCUUGGCUCCUGUACAGUCUGCACAAUCUGUACAGUCUUUUCUUUUAAAACGAGGCUAGCUUUUGAUUAAAAUGAAGGCCCGGUGAUCUUUUCAGAUAGUUUGUGCCAUUUUUUAUUUGUGUUUUAUUUAUUAGAUUUUUAAUUUGAUCCUGUAGCUUGGACUUUAAGGUAGCAUGGCUCUGUUGCUGUAAUUUUAUUUUUCAUUGUACAGCAGUUUACAGCUGAUGAAUGUUACACAUCUCGAUAGACUAGUCAAUUCAUUGGGUAAAUGUUGGUUUUAAAAAAUGAAAAAGAAAAAAAAAAACGACCUGGAAGGUGUUGGCAUUGGGAGUAAACUACCAUUUCUAUUUAAACUUGAAUCUUGAAGGCAAGUGCUAGGCAAGGGCCAAAUGAUCACCCCAUCUGUCAUAAGUCACUCAGUACACUGCACAUUGUCACUCACACGUGUGUGUGUGUGUGUGUGUGUUUGUAUUUGUGUGUGUGUGUGCGCGUGUGUGUACUGUAUAUGUGCACACACUCGCAUGUGUAUAUAUAUAUAUGUGUGUGUGAGUGUGUGACUAUGCACACACCUACAUAUAUAUGGUGUGUAUACAGGUGUGUGUAUAUCCUUUAUGUGGAAACGUUUUACUAAUUUCUGUUUGAAAAUAAGUAAGAUUCUACUGUACAUUUUAGAGGAAACAAAAUCCCCCUCUUUGUUCUGAAAAGCUUUGUAGCCAACACUGUUUGUGUCAGUCGCUGUUAAAACAUUUGACAUUAGUAUGGUGAGUCCUUGUGCUAUUUUGGCAAAAAAAAAAUCGUGAUGUACGAAGUGUAAACCACAGCCCUGGUCUAAUGGUAUUGUAUACAUAAUACAUUACUGAUGACUGUUAAUCAUUAAGUGGGCCACCACUUGGUUUCAUAAUAUGGGUAGUCUUAAUGUAAAAGAGUGGGUGUACGUCUGUCAUUUAAUUCUUGCUAUAAAAAAAAAAAACAGGCAGUCUUUUGUGACUGUGCAAUAUUACAAGGGUGGUUCUCCUCAACGUGCGACUCUCUUAACCCUGUUUGCCUGAGCAGAGGAGCAGCUCGGUGUUAAGGUUUGGUCAUUCGCGUGCUGUCCUGCACGUCUGUCUACUCCGAUUGCCUUGCCCAUUCCUAACACUUGCCCGUUUUUAACGUUAACAGACUUUUUACGGCGAGAAACUGACUGAACUGACUGACGUCUUGAAAGCAUCUUUCAGGUCUUCUUGUAUGGCUUGCUCAAGCCCUGUUGUAAAAUAAACAAAAGUGGAUGGGGGUCUCUCACAUCUCAGAUGUGGAAAGUAUAAUUUUAUAUUUGUAUUUUCAAAUAAUAAUAAUAAUAAAAAAUGUUUGUGAAAGGUUUCCAUCCUCUACUGUGGUCCAGAAAUCGAUGUGUCUGUCUGGAAAAAAAUAAAAUAAAAUAAACUGUUUUAUCCUUUG